AUGACCGAUGACGUUGGCUACAGAAAUCAGGAGAGCCCUCUGAUGGUGGGUUUUACGAAUUUAAGAAAGCAGCUUGCUAGUGUAUCAGACCUGCAAGAACUUGAUGCCGUAUCAUUGCUGGAACCGUUUUUAGAAGUCAUACGUUCAGGAGAUACUAAUGGUCCCAUAACCUCAACAGCUUUAAGCAGUGUAGAGAAACUGUUGACUUAUGCGAUUAUAAACAAGAAAUCGCCCAACCUCCCAAAUGCCGCAACUCAUUGCAAAUUUGAAGCGAGUGACUCGGUCUCGGAUGAAUUUGUAUUACUUAAGAUUUUGCAAGUGCGACGUCUUGCACUGACGAAAAUGCUUAGACGUUCGGCGGAGCAUACAAUGGUUGUUAUGAUUCAAACAACGUUCCAGAGACUUAAAGAUUUGAGUGAAGAUUCGGACAAUUCACCUUCUAGUGAAGACGAAGGGAAUAGCAAUGCGCCAUCUUUAGAUUCUCAAGUGCGAAUGGCACCACCUGAUCCUAAAUCGCCUCAUCUUCCUCUUUCUCCAAACAAUGAGAAUGAGAUACCAAAUCUUAUGACUAAUCUUAAUAACUUGUCUGUAUCGGCGACGGAGGAAGUCAAUGAUAAUGAAUAUUUGCAGAUUCAAGAGAGAACGCUGAACACACAAGCCCAUCGGUUACAACGAACGACGUUGGCAAUCAAACACAAGACGGUGAACCGAUCGUUUCUUUCUGCCCUUACCGACGUAGCCGAUGAGGAAGAAGAUAAUGAACCUCGACCAUUUGGUUUACCAUCGAUAAGAGAGCUAUUGCGAGUCCUCAUAUCUCUAUUGAAUCCGCAUGAUCAUCAGCAUACAGAUACAAUGCGUCUUAUGGCCUUGAGUAUUCUCAAUGUUGCUUUUGAAGUUGGUGGUCGAACAAUGGGUCGAUUCGAAAGUUUGAGGAACCUCGUUGUCGAUGAUCUGUGUAAAUCCUUAUUUCAGAGAGAACAUUGCUUUACUUACUCUCACGCUCCGCAAAAUUCAACUGUAUUUGAUACACUUCGGCCACAUUUGAAGUUUCAACAAGAACUAUAUUUAUCCUUCUUAAUUGAAAGAUUAACUCCCGCCAGCGCAUUACCUAGUGCUGCCUUUAAUACAGACAUAUCUCUCAUGCUUGAUGGUAACGAUUCUCCUCAUGCGUCAGGAACCUCAACGCCACUCAAUACGUUACGCGAUAAAUCUAUUCGCGGAAGUAGUGACGCUACAGUUGCUACUGGGGAAGUACGCGAGCUACUCCUCGAAUCGUUGGGACAGCUUGCCAGGGAGCCGACUUUCAUGGUUGAUCUUUGGGUUAACUAUGACUUUGUAGUAAUCUAUUCGAAGAUGUUGUCGCGGUUUUAA